AUGUAUUACGAAUCACUUCUUCCGGCAUGCUUGGCACUACUUCUUGCCUCGUGUGCCCACGCAUGCUCUCCUAGAUCCGACUCUGGAGACUCGAGCAACCCUAUCGUCGUUGGAAACGACGGUCCUGCUCCCGCAGAAACUCUGGGAUAUGCCAUCAAUCACUUUGGCCUUCUCACAACCAACCUUGCGGCCAUGAAACAUUUUUAUGGCAACAUCCUGGGUAUGCGACUCCUCUUCGACGCCUAUGUCACCCCCGAGUACACAGUGACCUAUAUGGGCUAUGCUCAGGGUGGUCGCAACGGCACUGGCUUCCAGAGUGGAGCGGAGCUCGCGCGCGACAAGAACAAUCUGUACGGGCUCCUCGAGCUUGUUCAAUUCAACGUAUCGGAUGAUCAUCUUGUGGCAUCGACCAAGCGUACCAAUACAUUCAGCCACGUCGGACUUAUUGUUCCCGAUAUAGCGAAGACCCAAACUUAUCUGGAAGAGCACGGUGUUACUAUUUUGAAGAAGUAUGGUACACCUGUUACUGAGAUGACUGGGCCGCUUCAGAACGCCUUUGGGAUCGGCGAGUACGCAGGGGCACACAUUGCUGCGAAACAGGCGCUGAUAAAGGCGCAGGGGACGAUUGGGAUUGAGUUGUUGUUGAUGGUUGAGGAUCCUGAUGGGAAUAUGGUGGAAAUUCAGCAGCAAGACCCUGCUAGCAGCUCGGUGUUGUAA